UGUUUAUAGUUUCGCCGUCGCUGAAGCAACGAUCAAAUGCGCAUGCGUUAGGAUUGAUGACGUCUAGGACUACUACGCAUGCGCACAGUACACAAAAGGCCGCCAGUUGCGGAAGCAGGUUAAAUAUGUCAAGGAAUUUGUCUACGGGAAUCUCAAACACAACACGCCAGUUUUGCUGUCUCUGUCCACGUAUAUAAGAAGUGGAGCAAGGGAUUCACUCCAUCAUCUGACUGACUGGCACGCCUGUCAGUUUACACGGGAGGGGCCAUUCACCUUUACAGACUGUGGGGAUUCAAGGUCAUCUCAUGAACUUCAAGGCCAUUCAGCUGUUCUGUGGGUGAGGGGGGAUUCAGUCGGUCUUCCCACCUGUGGACACACCAGUCAGUUCACACUGGGCAGAGGCUGGUCAUCUGUUGGGGAAGGAUUCGCUCAGUCAUCUGCCCUAAUGACUCACCAGCGAGUUCACACCGUGGAGCGGCCGUUCACCUGCUCAGAUUGUGGGAAGGGAUUCACACUGUCAUCCCACCUACUGAGACACCAGCAAGUUCACACUGGGGAGAAGCCAUUCACCUGCUCCAUCUGUGGGAAGAGAUUCACUGAGUCAUCUGACCUACUGGUACAUCAGCGAGUUCACACCGGGGAGAAGCCAUUCACCUGCUCAGUCUGUGGGAAGGGAUUCACUCAGUGUUCCCACCUACAGAGUCAUCAGCGGGUUCACACUGGGGAGAGGCCGUUCACUUGCUCAGAAUGUGGGGAUGGAUUCACUGAGUUAUCCACCCUACAGAAUCAUCAACGAGUUCACACUGGGGAGCAGCCGUUCAUCUGCUCAGAAUGUGGGAAGGGAUUCACUCAGUUAUCCACACUACAGAGUCAUCAGCGAGUUCACACUGGGGAGAAGCCAUUCACCUGCUCAGUCUGCGGGAAGGGAUUUAUUCAGUCAUCCAACCUACAGAGUCACCAGCGAGUUCAUACUGGGGAGAAGCCGUUCACCUGCUCAGACUGUGGGAAGGGAUUCAGUCGGUCAUCCACCCUAGUGCGUCACCAGCGAGUUCACACUGCUGAGAGGCCAUUCACCUGCUCAGUCUGUGGGAGGAGAUUCACGGAGUCAUCCAACCUAUUGGUACAUCAGCGAGUUCACACUGGGGAGAAGCCAUUCACCUGCUCAGUCUGUGGGAAGGAAUUCACUCAGUCAUCCACACUACAGAGUCAUCAGCGAGUUCACACUGGGGAGAGGCCGUUCACCUGCUCAGUUUGUGGGAAGGGAUUCACUCAGUCAUCCAACCUACUGGUACAUCAGCGAGUUCACACUGGGGAGAAGCCAUUCACCUGCUCAGAAUGUGGGAAGAGAUUCACACUGUCAUCCCACCUACAGAGACAUCAGCAAGUUCACACUGGGGAGUAGCCAUUCACCUGCUCACAAUGUGGGAUAGGAUUCACUCAGUCAUCCAACCUGCUGGUCCACCAGCGAGUUCACACUGGACAGAGGCCAUUCAGCUGCUCAGACUGGGAAGAGAUUCACUCAGUCAUCCAACCUACAGAGUCACCAGUGAGUUCACACUGGGGUGAAGCUGUUCACCUGCUCAGAUUGUGAGAAGGGAUUCACUCACUCAUUCACCCUACAGAGUCAUCAGCGAGUUCAUACUAGAGAGAGGCCAUACACCUGCUCAGAAUGUGGGAAGGGAUUCACUCAGUCAUCCCAUCUACAGAAACACCAGUGAAUUCACACUGGGGAGAAGCUGUUCACCUGCUCAGAAUGUGGGAAAGGAUUCACUCAGUCAUUCCAACUACUGGCACACCACUUAGUUCACAAUGGGGAGUGGCUGUUGUUAUGAAUCCCUGGGUUUCAUUUGCUGUGGACUGUCAUUUUAAGAGAGAGAGAUUAAGAAGGCGAAUCAGUCUGACUUGCAGCUUAUUUACAUCACUCACAGCUUGUUUAGUUUUAACCGAGGACACAGACACUCAGAGUCAGACAGAGACAAAGGAGGAAAGAUGGAAGGAUCGAAACCAGGGAACUAGUGGCCAAGGGUCACUGUUUAGAACUUUACUAUGCCCACAAGUGUGGGUUAAUUGUCGAUUCACCAUAUAUCGAAUGUAGGUUCUCACCUCGUUUGAUACGUAGGAGUGGAUUGGAUUUGGCAUAUCCUGUGAAGACCAUUUAUGUGUUAACCCUUGCCUGGGUGUGAUGUGGUAAUUCACUUGAAGACGAUACCCAUUGUGACAAGUCGCUUUCGAUGAUAAUUCGUAUGUGGAUUUGGAAUGACGAAGGAUAAAAUCUACAGCAACUGUUCUCUCAUUUUACCAUGGUGGAACCUGUGGAAUUUGACAUGAUUGCCUUCUCUCGACAUUUACCCUGGAUUACAAAUAUCUCUCUCUCAUCACCUAUUCUGUGGUUGAACUGAACUCCAUACUUUACCAUCUCAAGACUCUAAGCCUUGUUUCCCUCGAGCUCAAUAGUUUGGGAGUUAUAUCUACACACAUAUUUACAUAUAACACUGUUAACUAUUGUUUAUCUUGCUGAAUUUACUAUAAUUAGAUACUAAUAAAGAUAAUGGUUUUAAAAUUUUAAAAAAAAAUAGACUCCAGCUGCAGCCUAUUGCUGCUGGUUUGUUUCUAAAGCGUUAUGAUUCAUAACAAAAUUGGGGCCUGCAUCCAGGAUAUGAACAGAUUUGGGGACGUAUUGAUUAAUUAUUGAUUUCAUUGGGGAAAUCCUUUUUGAUUUAUUUGUGUGUGGGAAAAUCAGCAGCAAUGAUAGAUGUCUGGAAGCACCAACCUCUGAGGCAUUACAGGACGCCAGAAGGGUUGAGUUGUUGAGUAUUGCUAAAAGGUUAAAACUUGCUAAGGUGAAAUCAACAAUGAGGAGGGCACAGAUACAGAGGAUAAAAGCUGAAGAUUAUGUAUCUGAGGUAUGUUUAAAGUGGAGGAGUUGGAAGUGUUUCCUGAAAGUAAACCUAGUGAGCUUGAGCUCCCGUACAAGUUCGAAAAAUUAAAAAUGGAUGCUGCGGGAAGGCAGAGGCAGUUUGAGGCUAGAGAGGCAGAAAAAAAACAGAUAGAAGAGGCAGAAAAACAGAGGGAGGAAGUAGAAAGACAGAGGCUGCUCGAGCUGGAAAAGAUGGAGAGAUUGUGGCAAAGGGGUCGAAGUGUUAGACUCUGGUGAUAAGUUUGAGGCCAGUGGUUGCUCAGAGUUUAAAGUGGGCGAAAGAGUAGGCUCAGCAAGCCUAUUCUGCUUUAACAGUUGAUGAAGCAGCUGAUUAUGACAUCGUGAAACAGACUGUGCUCAAAGCUUGUGAGUUGGUCUUAGAAGCAUACAGGCAAAAGUUUUGAAAUUUGAGGAAAUCUGUGAACUAGACUUACAUGGAAUUUACUUAUGAGAAGUUUGUGUGUUUUGACCGCUGGUGCCCAUGUGACAAUGUGAAUGAUAAUUUUAACAGCUUGAAAGAGUUGGUUUUAAUUGAAGAAUUCUACAGGUGCAUGCCUGCUGACAGAAAGAUGUAUUUAGAUGAAAACGAUGCUGCCACUUUGCAGGAGUCUGCUAGAUCAGCAGAUGAGUUUGCUUUAACUCAUAAGGUUCACUUUGCCCUGAAUAAGAGUUUUCAAAAAAGUAGCAGGGAUAGCCAGUGUAAAGCAGAAAUUAAAGGUGGGACCAGUGUUACGUACCCGUGGGUAUCUUGUACUUGUCACGUGACAGUGGUGUUGAAGAUAUGCUGGACCUAAGGUAGCGGUCUUGUGAUGGUGGAGUGACGUCAUU